AUGGAUCGAUUAUUGAUAAACGUUCACUCCGACAGUUACAUUCGUCAGACGAAUGGCUCAACUGAUACGCAUUCAGUUAGCACCAAUUCUGACGACCUAAAGACUGGUGCAACUGCUCCGUUGUCGUCGGAGAUCAGUUCAUCCGCAGAAGUCAACGCCGAGACAAACGGUCGACUUGCUACUGAACUGGAUUCGCAAUCGAAAGAGUUGCUCAAUUCAAACGGGUUCGUAUCCCUCACCACAGAAGCGACGGAAUGCGUUGCUCGAAACUCCCAAUCCAACAUCCCCAGUGUCAGUGUAACAAGUUUCGAGGACGCUUUGGAUCGAGUCGAAGAAUGGUUGAAGUCACAUGGCGUUCCCGUUGGUCAAACCCCUCCAGAUUGUUCUCUUGUCCUCAUAACGGAUGGCCACAAGCCUCCUCGGAACGUUCUUCAUCCGGAGGCUGCCUAUCGUGGCCUAGAUCGCGAUCGGAUGAGUCGAACCCCAUGGGGCUUCUAUGUGGAUUUGAUCAGCUGCUCACGAAACAUCUCGAUCAAAGACGGUCAGGUGGUAGAAGUCCGUCAAGUCCCAUGGAGUGCGACUCCGUCUAUCAUAGCCGGUUUCUUUUCCGGGUUGAAUUUGAUUCCCGGAGGUGUUGCUAUCCGUCUGACAGAUGGUCGACGCAGCAACACAGCUAUCGUGGCAUUUGAGUCUAUUUUGAACGCUCAGUUGGCUUUAGUUCGACAUCAGCAUCAACUUUGUGGGGCCCUGCUUCCGGAUACCCUAACAGAUACUCCAGCGGAUAAAUCUACCGGAAAAGAGCAGCCCGCUUCAGCAAGCCCCGCAACAAACUCAUCCAAGCCUAUUAUGCUACAGGUUUAUUCUGCAACCAGUAGAGAAUUCAUUCAAUGCGCUGGAUGCGAACAACAGCCCGUGGUCGAGUUUCUCAAUCAACUAACCAGUGGUGAACAAGUGGUGGUCCGUGUUCGUGGUUUGCCUUACACCGCAACGAAAAAACAAAUUCUGGACUUCUUUCUUGCGGUCCAAGCAACGGUACUAUUCGACUGUCAAGGUAUCUACUUGGUCGCCUAUCCAGAUCGUCGGCCAACUGGAGAUGCAUUUGUUCUAUUCCCGGAUGACAAAACUGCAACCAAGGCGUUGACACGACACAAGGACUAUCUGGGUGAUCGCUAUGUGGAGCUAUUCAAAGCAUCUCCUUCAGAAAUGGUUCAGGUCUGUCACAAUGUUUCUCAGCAAACGCACAACUCAAAUAAAUCGCAGACCAAUCUUUUGGAUGCUCAUGCUCGUGCUAGGACCACAAUAAAUGCACUGGGGUUGAACACAAUCAUCCCAACGUUGAACCCUUAUCUGACGGGUGAACAACAACUUGCUUUAGCUCUAAAGAACCUUCGCCCUGGGCUACCUAUACAACCCACUGUUCCUCUGAAUGCCGGAGUGCUACCAUCAGGUAUUUUCCCCGUCACCGACAUCCAUUCUACAUUGACUGAAAAUCCAGCUCCAGACACCACACUGGAACAACUGGCUAUGCUGAAUACACUGGGUUUGAACCAACCAGGUCUGGUGCCUUUCGGUCUCAAUGUUCCUCGACCGGUGCCAUCUUUGCCUAAUAUGACCCCGGUUUCACCCACUUUACCUGGUUUGAGAACAAAGUCCACCACGGAACCGGUGACCAAGGAUUUGACGGAUCCCACAGACCCCGACUGCACGUUUGCUCGAUCCUGGCCAGAACAGGGGGUUUCAGCGGUUCUGGAGUUGAGUUGUUUACCGUUGGAAACCUCGCGGCACGACAUGAGAUUGUACCUCGGACCUGCGAAUUACUGCAAAGUUUACAGAAUGUUACGCAAAGAGAUGUCGGAGACACAAACCACCUCUACUUGGUUACUAUCCUUAACCGACACCACAGCAGCUAUCCACCUGAUUCGCGAUCUGGUCCACCGUACCUUCAGUGUUGGUACAACAAACGGAGUAGCUAAUCAGUUCAAAGUAUUUCACAACGUGCCAACGUUCACCCUGUAUCACGUCAGUCCGGAUAAACAACUAGAAGUGGUCCCAUUAGAUGACCCAAACCUGGGCAUUCCAUUCAAUAGAAUUCAUAAUAUAACCGGCAGUUCAGCUCAGAAUCAGUCCCAGCGUCAAUCGCAGGUGACAGGUCAGCAACAGAUACGAAAACCGCAACUGCAACCGCAGCAACAACAACAACAAACACAACAACUGAUCAACCCGAUGCAAUUGAAUCCGCCUUUAUCAGCUCCACCAUUCCUGACGAGACAAGAUGGAGGUUUACAAGUUGCAUUAAACGGUUUUCCCUCUGCCCACCUGGUUCCAAACGGGACUGCGACCAUUUCAACAGAUCCGGUUUACAACCAACUCCUUCAAGCUUUUGUCAGUCAGGCCCAAUUACCCCAAAUCAAGUCCCCUGGGUGUACAGUCAACACUCCCGGAGCGCUUUCCACAUCUGCCAUGUCUACUCCGGUGGCCUCUAUGAACAACCCAUCCACACAACUGUUAUCAAAUGCAAGUAACCCUUUGCUUCAAAUGCCUGCAGCCCAGCUGUGCGGUCUGGGUGACUUGAACACAUUCGUAAAUAACCCAAUGGUGACCACAUCCAACUCUUUGUCCUCAGUUUCGAACUCAAAUGCCUGCCUAGUCAUGAUAACCGGUGCCCCAAUGGAUGCUAGCGCUGAGGAAUUGAGCUCGUUAUUCCAACCAAUUGCACAUUUACUUUCGUCACCUCCACGGUUCACUCUUCACCAAGGUCAACCAAAUGGAACAGCAAACUUUUUAGCCUUAUUCAACAAUCCUCUGGAAGCUCAAACAGCGGCUCUCUACUGCCCACGAGGGAGUUUACGAAACAACCAGUAUGCUAUUGGAACCGCUUGUCUUGUACCUCCCGGACCCACUGUGGAUGUGAACGGAACAGUACAAUACAAUCCGUCCGCUCCCAAUUUGCUGUUCGGUGGCCCUCUGGCAAUGAACAAUUCCAAUCUCUUCUUCAGCUGA